AUGCAACCACCGACAGGCCCGCGUGGCGAUCGGAGUUCUGCCACUUCUCGAAUCAAAAUUGACAUUACAAGCUUAAACGCAAAACCUACAACCACGUCGCGUCGACAAUCACAGUCGGCGACACCUACAUCUGCCGCUGCACAAAAGGAAGACAAACCCGUCGACCCGUAUGAAGAGGAACGUCGCAAAGCUCAACAAGCGCGAAUCGAGAAGGAGCUCUCGCGACGUAAGGGUUCCGAUGCGGCUGUAGGGACUUUGACAAAGAAAAGGAGCUGGGCAGACACCGGUGGUGGGGAAGACGAGAAUGGCCCAACAAGUUCGAGGGAGAAGAAACGGACGAAGCCUCGGAAGAUCAGCUACAAGUACGAGGAUGACGGCGACAUUGGGAGGGGCGAGGGCGAGAGGGAAAGCACGAGAUAUCGAUAA